GUCCGAAAUUUCUGUCGCUUAAUUUCAUCAAAAUCAAUGUGGUUUUGUUUCAUCUAAUUUUGUUUCAUUAAUCCAAUGUAUAAUUGUGAUGAUGAUAAAUUGAAUAAAACUGAUCAAAUCGAUAUUCGAUCGAAUAUGAUAAGAUAUAAAACAACAGCUGUAUCCUCAUCUUCCUCAUCAACAACAAAAACAAUGAUGAAUGAUGAUGGCUCGAAUAAUGUGACUAGAUUUCAAGGAAUGAAUCACGAAAAUCCAUUCUAUCAUCAUAACCAUCAUUCAUAUAAUCAUCAUCAAUUGUAUCAAUGUUCACCACCUUCUUCUUCGCCAUGUUUUUAUCAUCCACCACCAACACCACAUCCUUAUGAUAAUAAUCAUCAACAGCAGCAGCAGCAACAACAACAAUUGAAUGAUGCCACUAGCCAAAACAUUAUUUCAUCUUCAUCUUCAUCAUCGGACCAUUUGAUCAAAGAUAAAAAAAAAUUAAUAUCUCAAUCUAUAAAACAUCAUCAUCAUCAUCAUCAUUAUAGAUCAUCAUCUAAUAGUCAUCAAAUAUGGUGGUCAUUAUUUUGUUGUCAUCCAAAUCAACAACGUUUUCUAUUAUUUCGUUUACCACGUCGUAUAAUUGCCAAAAUUUUUCAGUUCAUAUUUUUCAUGGUCUUAAUUGCCACUGUGAUCGUAAAUAUUUUAUUCAUCAUCGAUACAACGAAUCGUUUACGAAAUAAUCAGCAAACAAUUUUCAGCCAAAUUAAUCCCCUUUCUGAUGGCGCAUCCGAUUCUUCAGGCGGAAAUUAUCUUUCGCUUGAUGCAUCUAUUGAUUCGCAACGAACCAAUUAUAUGUCGUUUGAUCAAUCAAAUUAUAUAAAAUUUCAACAUGAUUCUGAUAUUGGUGAUUCAAUGACAUCUGUUCAGGCUAUCGAAGGCCGUCAUGUUUCACGGCAACUUAAAUUGGAAAUUUUAUCCAGUCAAUCUCGAGUCUAUGUUAUGGUUGAUGGAACUACUGUUCUUGAUGAUGCCGAUGAGACCAAAGGACGUGGAAUUCAUGUGCUUGUUUUACAUCAAUCUACCGGAUCAAUCAUGGCUCAACGAUUAUUUGAUACCUAUUCACCACAUGAAGAUGAAUCCAUGUCUUUGUUUCUCAACUUGAUAACCGAUGGACGAAUAAUUGUAUUUACUGUCAAAGAUGAAGGAACAUUUCAAAUGAAGCAAGCUGCUCGUGAUUUACUUAAACGAAUGGGAUCAAAACGAUCACAUCAGAUUGGAUGGCGUGAUAUGUGGUGUUUUGUUGUACGUAAAAACUCACAAGAUGUUAGCGAAUCUUCACCCGAAGUUUUUGGAGAAGCUUACGCUAAAUCUCCCGAUUUCAAUAGCUGGGCUGCACCAGUUCUGUUGCAAGCAACAGUACCAUUGGUACCAGUCGAACAAUCUGAAUGUAAACAAUGGUCUGAUAAUGAAGAAAAUCGGCGGCGACGAUCAUUUUGUUCGCGUAUUGAAGGAUAUGGUUCUGUAUGUAAUUGCAAUGAUCCUGCCAUGAUUGAUUUUUCUUCAUUAUCCCGAGUACCUCUAAAUGAAAAAAACGAAUAUGAACGCAUAUCGCGAGUGCCGGUAACGAUUGUAGCAUCAAAUCGUCCACAAUAUCUUUAUCGAAUGUUGCGCACCCUAUUAACUGCUCGUGGUUGUAAUCCAUCAAUGAUAACCGUUUUCAUUGACGGUUACUUCGAGGAACCAUUAGAAGUGACCAAAUUAUUUGGCCUUCGAGGAAUUCAACAUACCCCGAUCGGUAUUAAAAACGCUCGUAUUUCUCAACAUUAUAAGGCUAGCUUAACAGCGACAUUUAAUCUCUUCCCGGAUGCUGAAUAUGCCAUUAUUCUUGAAGAAGAUCUCGAUGUUUCGCCAGAUUUUUUUGGCUAUUUUGGACAAACAAUGCCAUUGUUGGAGCAGGAUUCAAGUUUAUAUUGUGUCUCAGCUUGGAAUGAUCAAGGUUAUGAGCAUACCAGUCAUGAUCCUAGCUUACUGUAUCGAGUGGAAACUAUGCCCGGUCUUGGAUGGAUACUGAGUCGCAAACUUUAUAAAGAAGAGCUUGAAACUCGAUGGCCGACACCUGAAAAACUAUGGGAUUGGGAUAUGUGGAUGCGAUUGCCUGACAUACGUCAUGACCGUGAAUGUAUUGUUCCGGAUGUUUCUCGUACAUAUCAUUUCGGUUCUUCUGGUAUUAAUAUGAAUUCAUAUUUCCAGGAUGUAUAUUUCAAAAAACAUGCCUUUAAUACUUUGCCAUAUGUUCGAAUGAGAGAUCUAAAUAGUUUGAAAAAAGAUAAUUAUGAACGAAUGAUCGAAAAAUUGAUUAAAGCUGCCCGUUUAGUCGAUCAUUCUAAAGAUCCUUGUGAAAACGAUUUUAUACCGUCAUCAAUGCCUUCUUCCGAUCCAUCUUCAGUGAUAAAUUUUUCUUGGAAUGAAACCAGUUCGUAUGAAAAUCCUGUUACUCAUCGAACCUACGUUAUUUAUAUAAGACAAACAAAUUCUCGAGAUUUUCAGACAUGGCUACAUGUUGCCAAAUGCUUUCGAAUUUGGGACCUGGAUGCCCGUGGCUAUCAUCAAUCAAUGUGGCGUUUCUUUUUGAAUCAGCAUCAUGUUCUUGUGAUUGGUGUGCCGCAUUCACCUUAUUCACAUCUGAAACCACCAAACAUUAUGCCUAUAGCAGUCAACGAUACAGAAAAUCAAAUUGUCAAUUAAUAAAAGACAAUUUGAAUCUGAUCCACCAUUCUCAACCGUCAAAUGUCAUCAAGUGUGAUAAUCCAGUACCCUUGAUUCCUUUUUCUUUCAUUUUAAUUUUGUUUUUUUUACUAAUUUCGUUCACUAAACGAAAUGAAGUCACCUUACAAUUAAAGUCAUGUUUUAUUUAAAUGUGAUAUUCAAC